CAGAAAAGACUUGGGAUCCUGAAGGGACCAGGUGACUUCAGGCCUUCAACAUGGUCUUAAACCUCCUCUUUUUAACAGGUCUGUUCAGUUCAGUCCAUCUCCAGGCUCCAGAGAGGGGGUGCCCAGGCGGCUCCUGUAACCCUCAGAUUGGUGACCUGAUGGUGGGUCGGGCCGCGCAGCUCUCAUCCUCCUCCACCUGUGGCGUGGAUGGGCCUCAGAACUACUGCAUCAUCGGCUAUCUGGAGGAGGAACAGAAAUGCUUUUUGUGUGACUCCAGAGGGCCGUUCGAUGCUCAGUUCAACCUGAACAGUCACCGAAUUGAAAACGUCAUCACCACCUUUGAGCCUGAGCGCAAGAUGAAGUGGUGGCAAUCAGAAAACGGAGUUCAUGAGGUCAGUAUCCGUUUGGACCUGGAGACCAUUUUUCAGUUCAGCCAUCUUGUCCUCACCUUCAAGAGCUUUCGUCCGGCGGCCAUGUUGGUGGAGAGGUCCCAGGAUUUUGGGCACUCAUGGAAAGUGUUUCGUUAUUUUUCGGAGGAUUGUUCGGUUCAUUUUCCUCAGGUUCCCAAGCAGAUUCCAGACAGUAUCGAUGAUGUGGUCUGUGACAGCAGAUACUCCGGGUCUGAGCCCUCCACUGAAGGAGAGGUGGUGCUGAAAGCCCUGGACCCUAUAUUUGAGAUUGAAGACCCCUACGCUCCACAUAUCCAAGAGUUGAUCACCAUGACAAACUUGAGGAUAAAUUUCACUCGCCUGUUCACUCUUGGAGACACACUUUUGGGCCGAAAGCGCAGAAAUCCUCAGAAUAAGUAUUACUACGCUCUGUACGAGAUGGUGGUGAGGGGCAGCUGCUUCUGUAACGGUCACGCAGCUCAGUGCACACCAGCAGGGGGCAGAGGAGAUGUCUUUACAGAGCCAGGGAUGGUCCAUGGUCAGUGCCUUUGUCAGCACAACACUGCUGGGAACAACUGUGAGAGGUGUCAGGACUUUCACCAUGACUCCCCAUGGAGACCAGGAGGAGAAGACAAUGCUAAUAUUUGUAGAAGGUGUAACUGUCACGGGCACUCAGACUCUUGUCACUUUGACGUGGCUCGUUUUGAAGCGACUGGAGAAGUGAGCGGUGGUGUGUGUGAAAACUGCAAAAACAACCGAGAGGGAGAUCAGUGCGAACGCUGCCGACCUUUCAACUUUCAGGACCCUCAAAGAUCCCAAGACGACCCCAACGGCUGCAUACCGUGUGACUGCUCUCCCCUGGGCUCUGAGUCGGGGGGUCUGUGUGAUGGGCAGACGGGGCAGUGUCUGUGUAAACCCAAUGUGGAGGGACAACGCUGUGACCGCUGCAAACCCGGGCACUUCGGUCUGAGACAGGACGACGCCCUGGGCUGCCAACCGUGCAGCUGUCAUCCUCUGGGCAGCACUGGUCCCUGUGACAGUCAAACUGGAGUCUGUCAGUGUGAAGCUUUGGCUGUGGGACCGUCCUGUGAUCGCUGUGUGCCAGGGCACUAUGGUUUGGCAAAUGGUAUGAGAUGCGCUCCUUGUGACUGUGACGUGGGUGGAGCACACAGCACCAUGUGUGACAGUGACAGUGGGCAGUGCCAGUGUCUCCCAAACAUGAACGGGCGCCGCUGCGCAGACCCACGACUCGGGUACUUCCUGCCGCAGCUCGACUACUUCCUGUAUGAGGCCGAACUCGCCGCUCCCUUGGAAACUAGACCCUAUCCUCCACCCUCCCCGGCCCCGGUCCCAGUCCCGGUCCCUCCUUCCCCUAUACAAAACCCCAUCAUCCUCCCGGAGUGUGAGCAGUAUUACAGAGAGCAGGGAUACGACUUCAAGAUUUCCAACGGACGAGUGGUUCUGGUUCGAAGGACGAAAAGAAAUUCCCGCCGCAGAAGACAGUAUGGUACCAUUCCUCUGGAGCCUGGAAAUGCUCUUCAGAUCAUCCCACGAGAAAGAGCCUCCGGUCGCCCCAUCACCUGGACCGGGCUGGGUCUAGUCCGGAUUUUGACCGGGGCUGGACUCAGGUUCACUGUGGACAACCUGCCUCUGUCUAUGGACUAUCAGCUGGUGAUCCGCUACGAGCCAGAGUCUCCUUCUGAUUGGUCAGCCUCUUUGAGCAUCACCACUUUAUCUCCUGGAGACCAAAAGUGCGACACUGAACCUAUAAGAAGUGGAACCAUGACUUUGGCUGGAAACUCAAGAGGCUCUGUGCUGGACUCCUCUGUGUGUCUGAACUCUGGAGGACGAUACUUCAUUGACGUCACUUUCAACAAAAAUCCAGAAUCUGACCCAAACUCCAGCUCUCACAUCCUCAUCGACUCUUUGGGUUUGAUCCCGAGUAUCGAGGCGGUUCAGGACCUGUGUUCUCAGACUGACCUGGACUCCUUCAGAAGAUUCCGCUGCAUUGGAUUGGCUGCUGAGGCUGGACCCCGCGAUGUUCUCCCGGAAGUCUGUGAGGGGCUGGUCAAGAGCAUGUCCGCACGCAUCCACAAGGGGGCGAUACCUUGUGGCUGUAAUUCUGAAGGCUCACUUGGGCCCUACUGCAGUAAACUGGGCGGGGUUUGUGAGUGUAAACCAAAUGUGAUUGGUCGAUGCUGCGACUCAUGCUCUCCACAGACCUACGGCUUUGGACCUGAAGGCUGCAAAUCCUGUGAGUGUGACCCCCGCGGCUCUGAAUCCGACCUUUGCGAUCAGUUGCGGGGACAGUGUGCAUGUCGGAGGGAGGUAUCAGGACGCCGCUGUGACCGCUGUCAGCCCGGAUACUGGGGAUUCCCACACUGCAGGGUCUGUGAAUGCAACGCUCUGUCAGAGAUUUGCGACCAGGAGACAGGACACUGUAUUGACUGUAGGGGGCACUCUACUGGGCCUCACUGUGAAAGUUGUGCAGAGGGGUACUAUGGCAGCCCAGUAUCCAGAGUUCCCUGUGAGCCCUGCCUGUGCCCCGACCUGCUGGAGAGCGGCCGGUUCUUUGCCUCGAGCUGCGACCGAGACUCAGAGACUCAGAGCCUCAGCUGCAGGUGCCUGGACGGCCACACUGGUCCUCAGUGUGAGCGGUGCAGCCCUGGUUACUUCAGUGACCUGUUGUUGCCGGGGGCGCGGUGUGAAAAGUGUGAGUGUAACAACAACAUCGACCCAAACGACAACGAGGCGUGUGACGGAGUGAUCGGGGAGUGUCUGCGCUGCCUUCACAACACUGGAGGGCGCCACUGUGAGGAGUGCAAACCCGGGUACUACGGCAGCGCACGGGACCACGACUGCAAAGAGUGUUCAUGUGACCGGCGGGGGACCGAGGUGACACUGUGUCCACUGCAGAGCCCCUGUUUCUGUGAUGCUCAGACAGGACAGUGCCCCUGCAGGUCGGGGGUGAGAGGUGCGCUGUGUGAUGAGUGUGAGGACGAGUACUGGAACAUAACUCUGGGCUGUGUGCCGUGCUCCUGUGACUCAGCAAACGCUCUCUCCAACAUCUGUGACAAGGUGACUGGUCAGUGUCCAUGUCAGCCGGAGUAUGGAGGGCGGAAGUGCGACGAAUGUGCAGAAAAUCAUUUUGGAAACCCAGAUCUACAGUGUGUCUCUUGUGAAUGUAACAUGGCGGGCACACUGCGUCCCUCCUGUAAUCCUGAGACUGGAGAAUGUAACUGUCGUGAUGGUGUGACUGGUAUUUUCUGUGAUGAGUGCGCUCCGGGUCACGACUCCUACUUCCCAGAGUGCAAAGAGUGUCAUGCCUGUGCCAGACACUGGGGGCACUAUGUCUCAGAUGUGGAGAAAGCUGCACAGACCAUGAGGACCUUUAUCCCUCACCCACCAAACGAGCUCCGUCCUGGCGCUCCAAGACACCAACAGCAGCUGCAGAGACUGUUCCUCGAUCUGGACAAUAUGAGGAGAAAUAUAACACGGCCAACUACUCCCCAUGUCAGCAAGAUGGAGGCACUGUUUCAGAAGGUUUUGAAGCUCAAAAACAGCAUAGACCCAAACUGCAUCCUGCUGGACCCAACUCCACUUUUAAAUGCUGAGAUUGACAACAUCAACCGCCAGUUCAAGAACCUCCUGUCCCACCUCCGGAACAAAGUGGACAACCCAGAUGAUGAAGACGAUGAAGACGCAGAGGAUCUAUUGGAGGACAUAAAGAAGAGUUUUAAGUCGUUCCAGGCUGAGGAGCGUCGUGUGAGAAACGCCUCUAGUGCAGUGGCAGACUCGGCCGACACACGACAGGACACCAAGCGCAAACUGAGCACGUGCAGCGGCGAGGGUCUGCUGGGGCCCCUGGAGAAGAAGGUCAAAGCUCUGAGCCUCGUCAACUUUAACAAACAGAUCUGUGGUGGCCCUGGCCUGGACUGCUCUGGCUGUGGAGGAGCUUCGUGUCUGACCUGGUUCUUUGGCAGAAAAUGUGGCGGUCCAGGUUGCGACGGCAUCGUUUCCCUAACUCAGGAAACCAUUGAAACGGCCAAAAAAACACAAGACGCAAUCAACAAUCUGCCUCUGAAAAUACAAGAGGCCAAAGACGAGAUGGAAAGAGUGAAUCAAACGGCUCAAGAGACUAAAGUCCAGUCCAGAGACCUGCAGGACCGGAUCAGCUCCAGUAAAGAGUCUUACGAGAAAGACAAGAACCAAAUCAAAGAACUCAUCAAGAAGGUCAAGGACUACCUACUGGAUGAUCUGCUUCCCGCUGAAGACAUAGAGAAAAUGGCUCGUGCCGUUCUGAGCAUAAACCUGCCCAAGACUCCAGACCAGAUCCGAGCCAUGACCCAGGAGCUGACGGAUCUCAUCAACAACGCCACAAACUCAGACAAAGACCUGAAGGAGCUGGAGGAGCAGGCCAAAACUGCACAGGAGCUGAAGGAAAAGGCUCUGGAAGUCAAGAAUCGGACCAAAGACAUAAAUGUGUCUGACAUCACAAAGGACCUUUACGAUGCAGAGAAAGCUCAGGACAAAGCCAACGAUGAUUUGGACUCUGCCAGCCAAGACCGGGACAUGAUCCGGGACUUGCUGUCAGAGAGCAAGAUGGAGGAGGUGGAGGCGAAGUUGAUGGACCCAAAACUGGAGGAUUUAAAAGACGAGAUCGAAGUUGUGAAGAAUAAAACUGAACAGAACCGAGAACAGGCUGAAGAGGCAAACAAGGAGGCGGAGUCUGCUCUCAACAAUGCACUCGACGCUAUACCGGGUCUGAAAGAUGUCCUAGAUAAAUUUGACCUGUUGAAAAAUAAAAAAUCAAACCAAACGCAGGACAGUGAAGCAACCAAACGACUGGAGGAGCUGAAGAAAGAGGCGGAGGCACUAAAGAAGGAGGUGGAGGACAAACUGCAGCAGAUAGAAGAUUUGAAGAAGUGGAUCGAGGAGCUGAACAAAAGUGGGCAGGACAAAGCAGCAGAAGUGGUUGAGCUUUUGAAACAGGCAGAUUCUCUCAGAGAGGACAUCAGCCGCAAAGCCGAGGGCUACGUCAAGUGCACAUGAAACUUUUAAACAUCUAUGUUCAGUCUGCAGUUUUGCACAGGAAGUCUG